GACCGACCAUUGGUUGACCGUUCCUGCAGCCUUCGUGCCCCAGGCUACCUUAGUCACUACCUACUAUCAACGUACUCCGUACAAUACGUACAUAACCGCUCACGCCAGCGGUUUGACACGGACCCCAAAAUAGAUCUUGGUGACAACCUUCUCCCCGUCUCGGGAAUAAUGCUUGUCUCUGAGUGGCUCAAUGUCAGUCUAAGCGCUCGAGGCAACACGCUCAACUCGUGCAGUUAGAGCUUCGGCCAAUCCUAGCCCAGCAUUCGAUGACAAUCUCUCACACCAAACGCCAAACACCAACCAGCGCGCCUAGGUAUGCUGCAAUCCUUGCAUAGGCGCUUCCAACUAUCACCCUGAUCGCCUUGAUACGAUUGGUCUCUUCACUGUUAUUGUGAUGGGUGUUCGUCGCUUAAGGUUAACGGAUCUUGUUAAGCUGUGAUCAAUCUCGUAUAUCUAUGUUGCAAAUCCCAUGAUCUAGUAUCUAACUAUUUCAAUAUCCAUUCAAAGCUCUUUCGUAUUUACGCUUGGUCCCUUUUCCUUUUCCUUUUCUUAUACUCUUUCCUUUCCUCUCCAGCCGGUCUCGGGGGUUUGAACUUUUCGUUAGUCCUGUUCCUCGUGAUCCCUCUCUGGCCAAUAUACAUCUAUAUACUCGGUCUAUAUCCUCAGAAUGGAGUCUUCCAGCAGAAACAUGUCCAUCGGUACCAAGACAGAGAUCUCAGCGUCCAACUUCGAAGCAGACGUUGAGUCGGUUCGAACCAAUCCCAGCUUCCGUAUCUAUCGCUUGAUCGACAGCGCUAGACUGGGCCUCACAGUCCUCGGUCUCGCAGCUGGCUUGACAAUGCUUGGUGUUUCGGCGGAUGCCCUCGCUGUUUUCCAUGCUACCUAUGUUCCGGAAGAUUGGUUACUACAACUAUGGCCUGCCAACUUCGAUAUGCGCCCUACCGUAGCUCUGGUAGUCGGUAGUGCCCUGGUUAUUGUGGCCAAUCUUGCCUCGUUGAUCGCCGGCAAGCUUCCGAUUGCCCGCAGAAACGCUUCGGUCAGGGCAGCAACCACAUUUGUACCCCCCGCUGUCGCCCUGAUCGCCGCCAUCAUCGCCAUGUCAUUCUUCUACGGGGUAAAUGCCUCUACCACCAACGAUUCGCUUCAGAGCUGGACAUGUCGCUGGGAGGACGUGACCAUGAACGUGCAGCCUCACUUCGGCACACUCUGCAAGCAGAGCCGGGCCGGUGUAGCGCUCUCUGUCAUGCUAGUUCCCGUCGAAGCUAUAGUUCUGGGGUUGGCGACGUACCAGUUCACCCUAGAGAAACGCUUCGACUUGGGUGCUCGUGGACCAAGCCGCAAAGCGGGAAGCCCUGCCCUGUCUUGAAAUUGAUAUCGAGAUAGGGAGAUUGGAACCGAUACUGUAUGCGAGAGUCCCACAGCCUUGGGCCUGGGUUCAGAUCAUUGAGAUAUCAGGUCUGAUCGCCAGAUACAAGUCGAGUAGGAUCGAUGGAACUGUCAAAGGAUCGGAAUUAGUUGUGGGGUGUCAUAAUCAGCCCAAGGGGGGCUUGAGACUAUUGGAACCCAUCAAACAUGGAUUCAUUAUACAUACAAUGGAUACGUACGUAGUCUAGUGUCUUCUGUUUUCUUGUGAGGAUUUGGAGCUGGGGCUGAAAACAAAGCUCGAUGUGGUUUCGAUUGCGAUAGGUCAUAUUUGGAAUAUUAAUCAACCCUCUUUUCUCUUUUCUUUUUAUGUACAGACAUACAUACACGCCGAGACAAAUGCCAGGACCAGGGCCAACGGCUCGGCCAUGCCUAGCGCGUGCAUACUGCACAGUACAGUAUGUUAACAGUCGGGCAGUGAACCAGUCCAGG